ACGGGCUGCAGCAUCAUCUCAAAGGAAAACGAUAAAAUGUAAACGACAGUGUUCCGCCGUUAUUUAACUCUGGUUAAUAUGUUGUUUUUACCGCGUUCGCACGAAAAGUACUUACAUUCAAGCACACUGCUUAGGAAGGAUGAGAACGAUGCUCCCAUCAUCUGUAGGACAGUGAAAACCCCUCCCCUGCUGCUGUGGGCGUAGAUGGCACCAUGCUGGAUAACGCCAGUGAUCAAGUGGAGCAGCAGUCUGGGCGCUGCUCAGACUGUGGGUGCAGUUUUAAUCUUUCACAUCCUGACUCUGAGCCUGAUUCUGAUGACACUCCAGCCGAUCCUAAACAGCAGAAUAAAACAGACAGUUCUUCCAAAUGCCCAUCCUGCCGGGCAGGCAGCAGCCCCCAGAAUGGACGCCGGCCACACCGGCGCAUCCGCCUGGACCCUCACAGCUGCAGCCUGUGCUCCAAAACCUUCAUCUCUUCUGCUCACCUGACCCUUCACCUUGCUUCUCACAAUAAGGAAAGGAAGUUCAAAUGUAACACCUGUGGCAAGUUCUUCCAUCAGUCCUCCCACCUAAUGGCACACAAGAUAAUCCACAGCGGAGACAGGCCAUUUAAAUGCCCAGAUUGUGGUAAGACCUUUGGGCGCGCUUCACACCUGAAGACCCACCGUCGACUCCACACAGGCGAAAAACCUUUUAAAUGCACUUACUGUGACAAGUCCUUCACCCAGAAGGCUGGGCUCCUGGCACACGUUCGUCUGCACACCGGGGAGAGACCAUACAAGUGCGAGCAGUGUGGCGAGGGCUUUCGCUCUUUGUCACUGCUGCUCUCUCACAAGGCUCAAGAGGCUUCCGGACAGGCCAAGUCACUGUCUCCACCACCGCACAGCCAGCCUCAGAAAACACAAACCAACAGCGAAGAUCUGAAAUGCGGCGUCUGCUGUCGCACUUUUGUCAGGUCAUCUUAUAUCAGGCUGCACAUUCGCCUCAACAAAGGACAGCGACCUUAUCACUGCAAAGUGUGCAACAAGACGUUUGUCAAACUGGAAACAUUUGUGAACCACUGUGACAAACACCUGAGACAGAAAAAGGAUAAAAAUAAGGGGGCGGAAGACAAAGUUGUCAAACCUCCCCUGUUUGUUCCGCUCUCCAGGCCUUCUUCUCCUGAGUCCUUACCCGCUCAGCAGCUAUCCCAGGAGGUUAACACACGCUCCAGAGCAAAAGCAAAGAUUAAAACAGAGCCAUAGCCAGAA